AUGGACCGGGAAGAAAACUGGGACGACUACAUCAUCCUCAACGCGCUGCUCGGCUUCGUGUUCCACGAGUGGGUGCCGCUCUUCCAGAACUUCGCGCCGUGCACGGCGUCGGGACUGCUCAUCACGCUGCUCAUGCACGUGGGGCCCGCCGAGUUCCUCUACUACUGGCUGCACCGCGCGCUGCACCACCACUCGCUUUACAGCAAGUACCACAGCCACCACCAUGCCUCGUUUCUCACGGAGCCCGUUACAGCAACCGUACACCCAUUCAUGGAGCAUCUCAUGUACGCAGCAGUCUUCGUGGUGCCCUUCUACGCGUCGUGCCUGCUGGGGUGCGCGUCCGUGGGGGGCGUGUACGCGUACAUGCUCGCCUUCGACGCGCUCAACUUCAUGGGCCACUGCAACUUCGAGUUCUUCCCCGUCUCGCUCUUCCGCGCCCUGCCCUUCCUCAAAUACCUCAUCUACACACCAUCCUUCCAUUCACUGCACCACACGCAGGUGCACACCAACUUCUCGCUCUUCAUGCCCAUCUACGACUACCUCGGUGGCACCUGGGACCCCAACUCCGACGCCCUCCAUGAAGCUUCCAGGCAAUCACGAAAGGAGCAGCCAGACUUUGUGUUCCUGGCGCACGGCAUGACCAUCCCAUCGGUGCUGCACAUGCCAUUCUUCCUGCCAUACUUCGCGUCCAAGCCAUUCGCCAUCACAGCGCAGCAGAUCCUCCUCCUCCCCAUCUCCAUCACCCUCUGCCUGCUCUACUGGGCCUUUGCUGCCGCGUUUCCCCGCUCCUACACGUACCUUCGGGGGAAAAGGCUAGAGUCCUGGGGCAUCCCCAGGCUCGGAUUUCACUACUUCCUGUGGUUCGAGCAGAAGCAGAUCAACAGGCUGAUUGAAGGCGCCAUCCUGAAGGCGGACAAGCGGGGGGUGCAGGUGUUCACUCUCGGCGCCCUCAACAAGAACGAGGCACUGAACGGGGGUGGGACAGCCUUCCUCAAGAGCCACCCAAACCUGAAGCUGCGGCUGGUGCACGGCAACACACUCACAGCAGCCGUCAUCCUGCAGGAGAUCUCUCCUGACGCCCAGGAGGUGUUCCUCGCUGGGGCUACCUCGAAGCUGGGCCGAGCUAUUGCUAUAUAUUUGGCUUCCAAGGGCACCAGAGUGCUGAUGCUUACCACCUCCAAGGAGCGGUUUGAGUCCAUCCGCUCAGAGGCACCAGCAGACAAGCAGCACCUGCUGGUGCAAGUCACCGACUGCAAGCAGGCUUCCCACUGCCGCGAGUGGAUCGUGGGCAAGUGGCUGACGGCCAAGCAGCAGAGCCACGCCCCCAAGGGCACCUUCUUCCAUCAGUUCGUGGUGCCCCCGCUGGACGAAGUCAGGGGGGACUGUGUGUAUGGCAAGCUGGCGGCUAUGAGACUUCCCAAAGACAUUGAAGGGCUCAACACGUGCGAGCUUCAACUGGAGCGGGGAGUGGUGCAUGCAUGCCAUGCGGGGGGGCUCGUGCACAUGCUAGAGGGGUGGCAGCACCACGAGGUAGGGGCCAUUGAUGUGGCUCGCAUCGACAUCACAUGGCAGGCCGCCAUGCGCCAAGGCUUCUCCAGAGUAUAG